GAUGGAUAAUUGUAAACUAAUCGAUUGUGAGACUAGUACUUGCUAUUUGUGUCGAUAUUAUAGUUAUACUUAGUAAUACUAAUAGUAAUAGUUCCAAGGAAAAGUGAAAUGAAAAUAAUUGUUUUGGAGUUAUUUAUAAACAAAUGUUAAACUCCUUGUGUUGAAUUAAAGUGUUUUGCUAAAAACACAGUAUACAGUGUAUUUCGUUUAAAAACUAAUCUACAUUGAAGAUUCAGACAUGUAAUUAAAUUGCAAAGGGUUUUUCAUCUGCAGACAUUCUGACAAGAUCAAAAAUAAUUGCAAGAAGAACAAAGGAAGAAUGAAUGCUCAACUUGAACACUGUGAUUUUACUAUUACAGUACCGACAAGCUCUAGUAUGAAUGAACAGCUACAUGAAUGUGAUCUUUGUAAAAAGGGAUUUAAAAAUAAAAGAAACUUGAAAAAACAUUAUUUAACCCAUACAGGAGAAAAACCUUUUCAGUGUGAUGUAUGUGGAAAGUGUUUUUCAGUUAAUGGAAACUUAAAACUUCACAUCCAGAUUCACUCUGGAGAUAAACCGUAUGUUUGUGAAAUAUGUGGGAAAACUUUUAGACUCAUUUCUCACUUAAAAGAACAUAGUUUUGUCCAUGAAGCCCAAAAACCUUUUGGAUGUGAAAUAUGUGGGAAAAAAAUUAUAAGGAAAGGGGACUUAAAAAAGCACUACCUAACUCAUACAGGAGAAAAACCUUAUGGGUGUGAUUUCUGUGGAAAGUGUUUUUCAAUUAGUGGAAACCUAAAAUCACACAUUCGAACUCACACUGGAGAAAAACCAUUUCUUUGUGACGUAUGUGGCAAAAGCUUUAGACACGUUUCUCAAUUAACAGAACAUAAUUUUGUUCAUGCUGGAGAAAAGCCUUUUGUUUGUGAUGUAUGUGGGAAAAGAUUUAUAAGUAGUUCAAAACUCAAAAGGCAUCAGUUUGUCCAUACUGGUGAAAAACCAUACAGUUGUGAUUUCUGUGAAAGGAAAUUUACACAUUGCGAGUCCUUGAAGCAUCAUCGGAUGAUUCACACUGGAGAAAUGCCAUUUGUUUGUGAUAUCUGUGGGAAGAAAUAUAGACACAUGGGAAGCUUAAGACAUCACAAAUUGAUUCACACUGGAGAAAAACCAUUUGUUUGUGACAUAUGUGGAAAGGGUUUCAUAAAAAAUACAACAUUAAGACGUCAUCAUUCACUUCACAGUGGAGAGAGACCUUUUACAUGUGAUGUCUGUGGUAAAAGUUUUAUUAGGAAUGAAAGUGUAAAAAAGCAUUUACGUUUACAUAGUGAAAAGACCCUGGUCUGUUAAUUUAUUAGGGAAUGAAAAAUGUAUUAUUGGUACAUUGCUGGAAAUAUAAUGAUCCUAAUAGAACAGCAAACUGCAAACUGAAAUAUGUACUGCAAAAAAACAAAAAAAGUGUCAAAACAGUUCAGGUUGCAGAUAUAUAUAUCAGUUGGCAGACAUUUAAGAAAACUGAGGGUGAGAGAAUUUGUUCAAGUGUAAGUUAUGGUUGUUGGUUGGUUGGUUGUUUUUUGUUUGGGGGGGGGGGAGGUCCAAGGAAAAACACUUAAUAAGUAUUAUAUUUUUUGCAGAAUUAAAUACCAAAUGAUAAGAAGAUACAUGAUAAUUAAGAAUAAUGAAAGACUUCAAGGAUAUAGUAACUAAAAAAUAGUAAUAUCAGAAGAUAUAUAUUAUCAAAGUUAGUGAAGCAUGAUCCAUUUACAAAUAUCAAAAUUGUGAAUUUGAUAAGUCUGUGAACUGUAAAGACAGUUUCUAGUUCUUAAAGCUAGGCUUAUAAUAAUAUGUGCUAUUAAAGAAAGACUUACUUCAAAUACUAACUGGUGUUAUGUAUCUAGACAUUAUCUGUUCAUUUAAUGAAAAGAUGAGUGUGAAAAUAAAAUAACUUGUUGAAGGCAGCACAGCAUAUACAGUAAAAAUAAACUAAAUGCAGCUAAAUGAAAGUAUUAUAUACAUAUAUGAAGAUUAUAGAUAAGGACACUGUAGUAUACAAUGUACUUACAAUUAGAUGAAUUUGAUUGCAUGUAUGUACUUUCAAUACAGAGAGGUAGUAUCUAUAUUACCAAAGAUGAAAAAACUAUGGAUAUGAUUUACCACUAAAGAUGACAUCACAGUGAGUGCUAAACAAAGUAGAUUACGUAGUAGUCUACAUAGAUGUUUCAUAAAAUGAGUUCUUAUACGGUUAGUUGUGGACUUCAGAAUACACAAAAUUUUGGGUGCUACUAUAGCGUGCGGUCUACACAGAUACUA